AUGGUUUUUCCCCAGCUGCCGCCGUACAUGUCCUCGCAGUCCCAGGACAAUGCCAACAACGGCUCCCAGGUUGGUCUUGACUCCAUCACCCUCGGGCAGCUCAAAGCCAUGGUCGGCUCGGCUCCCAAACCUAAGCAAUCCUUCUACGACUUCAAGUACGAUGACGAGGACACGGUCCUCAAUGAGAUCGAGGAGUUUUACUCCUAUGUCGAGAUGCCCCAGGUAGCCGAGAACCUCAAGGCUUGGGAAGGCUCUUUCCCCGGAGAAUGGAUCGAGAGCUCGUUCACGCAGCGCAAAGCUCAUGUAGAGAUCCUCCUCGAGAGUCUGGAGCAUCGCGACGCUGAGAUCCGCUUCACAAAUGCUCGCAGAUUGCUUUACGUUUUGCAAGGCACGUUCGCCGAGACGUCAUCGCCUGAGCACCAAUUGCAUUGGAUCUUCGAGAACUGCAAAGUGGUGCGCGCGGCAAACGGCCUGAGCAACGUCGUUGAAGCGAUCAAGAUUGCCAGUUCGAAGCACGAUCUCCUCUGUAGUCUAUCCGAUGCGGAUGCAGAGCGCUUUAGCAUCUCGUCCUCUGAGAAGGCAGACUUCAUGGAAGAAGUAACGACGGAACUGUCUGUCUAUCUGGGUAUGCUCUAUCAUAUGGUGGAAGCAUUCAAAGGCCAUGAUGACUUCGCCGACGAGCUCAUGAGCCUCGAUCCACCGCUGCCCGUGUAUUUGUUUAACGUAGUGGCCGGGCUGCGCGACAAGAGCGCCAAGGGCUACCCGGUGAAGAAGCUCCUUCUAGUGCUGUGGAAGACUAUCUUGACGUGUUGUGGCGGAAUCCGAGAACUCGCUCGCGUGAAGCAGCUCGCGCGGGAGCUCUCUGGCCUCCCUCCCGUGCUGGCUGACGCGAUACCAAUUAAAGCGUCGCCGCUGGACCUCGAGGCCUUCCGGCAGGAGAUCUCCGUCAAAUACCCGACGUUCACCCCACCUCCUGCUCCGAUUCCGGUCACCGCUCCCGUGCCCACGCCGAUCAAUACGUCCAAGCUCGCCGAGGCAUACUCACCCAUCCCUGUGCGACAUCAUUACGAUCACGAUGACACAGAAUCACAACAAUCGGGUAUGGGCGGCAACGUACACGGCCACCCCUUCCACCAGAUGCAGCAAUCAAACUCGUUCCGCCCGAUCCCGCAACCUGCGACGCCUGCACCUUCACCGCCGCCUUCUCCGAAGCCGAAGAAACAGCAAUUUCAGACGGACCAAAACAGGCCGUUUCUGUUCCCGUUCUCCCGACGUCAGGCGCGGUACAACAGCUCACGUCUUGUCCCGUAUGCCAUUGACGAAGCGGACAAGCUGUACACGACGCACUUGUACGUCAGCUUGUCGCUCUGGCAAAUGUGGAAGACGCGGGAAGAGUGUAUGACUGUGGAGAGCGGACUCGAACGCAUGCCCGGGUCCGAGCCGAUUUUGGAACCGAAGGUCGCUCCAACCGGGUCACUUGAAGAUGAUACAACCGAGGCCCUGCCUGACGUUGCACUUAUUGACACGAAAAUUGCCGAGGCUGAGAAGGCAAUGGUUGAGGCUGAGACUACCGCUGAAAAGCGCCGGGCAAAGGAGCGCAAAGAAGACCUGAUGCGGUUGAAGCGAGUUGAGCACAUCUACAGUGCUGUGCUGCCCGUUCUCCAGGGUUGGGUUCUCGUACUGCUGAAACUUUUAUUAGCUACUGUCUCAGCCGCCAAUGGCAUGCCGCCGCCUUCUGCAGGUUCCACUGGGUUUCCUCCCGGUAUGGGAACACCCAUCGAACAACCUCCUGCGCCACCACCGACGCUGGAUGAGAUUGACGUAAUCCGACAUCGGGAAAUCACGUCCAAAGCCGUGUCUGCCAUCUUGCUACUUGUUUUGAAGUGGUUCAAAGUUUCUCAUGUCAUGAAAUUCCACCAUCUCGGGCAGCAGUUGCUUGAUACCAACUGUCUGCUGUUGAUCCUCAAGAUGUUUGGUCUACAGGAGGUCUCGGUGACGGUUGUCUCCAAAGCCGACUCGCCUGAGAACAACUUCUUCCGCUAUUGCCAGAUGCAUUUUUCUCGGAAUCAACAGCAACUAGGGCAAGACGACAACAUGUACAAGGCGCCCCGUCAGACAAUGAGUCGGACUACCACACUUCCUAACGGCUUGAAACAUGAAGAGGAAGUGGACCUCCUCACGGAGUUCUCGUGGAGGAAUUUCUUCUCAAUCAUCAACUUUGCAAAGAUUAUGCAAAAGUUGUCGAAGCAUCGGUCACACCGUAUCAGAAUGCUCGUUCAAUACAAGAGCUCGGCUGUCCUCAAGCGGAUACUGAAAGUGCAGCAUCCAAUGCUGCAGCUCCACGUGCUGAAGUUGAUCAAGAGCCAAGUACCGUUCUGUGGGAGGAAAUGGCGGCAAUCAAAUAUGCAAGUGAUCACUGCCAUCUAUCUGAAUUGCAGACCCGAUUUGAGAGAUGAGUGGCUCACUGGCGUGGAGGUUGAUGAUGCUAUGGAUGCGCAGGCACAAGAGCAAGCCCUGCGGCAUCUAGUCAAGUUCUACAAUACGAAGCGUUACGGCGCAGCGGCAGCUCACCAAGCAGGAGCACAUAGGCGCGCUACGAGCAUUUCGCACCAUUUGGAAGGGUUGCACCCAGGCCCAGAGCUGGGACUCAUCAGACCCAUUGGUACACCAAAUACGACCGCAGCUGAUGUGUUCCCGCCGCUGCGCGCGCAGGCCCAAGAUCCGUCGAUAUUCCUUCCAUACAUCACGGAAGAUAUCGCCUUUGAGGAGGAAUACGAGGAGUAUCUCUCGGAUCUGGGUUAUACUGACCCUCAGGCUGCACCUCAGGCACCGAUGCACGGGGGUACCUCUGCUUGGCACAGACUGCCCGAAUAUGCAGCAGACAUCGCGGAUGGCAUCAGCGAUAGCGAGAGUAUUGUCUCUAUCGGUGAACUGGGCGAUGAAGCUCGUCUGAAUGCUGACCGCGACGAUCGGGACGUUCCUGAUGAGAACUUGAACAAUUGGGAGCACAUGAGCCCGAAGACGAUGGCCGCUCUCACUAAGUCUCCCGCCCGAGGCGGACGCCGGUCUAGUUCUGGGAACGGUCUUAGGCCUGUUUUGCCGUUCGAGCUCGAUGGGAAUAGCGCGGUUGCGGAUGAUAACGAUGACGAGGAGCCGGGUCCUAUGCCUCGUGAACCAUCGGGACCCUUCCACGCCGGUGCCGGGGUAGACGAGGUCGAGUAUGCGUAUGGGUAA